UUAAUCACAUAUUCACUUCUCUAACCAAUGAAGGUGCAAGGCCAGUGAAGUGACCUGCCGCCCAAAGCCCACGACAUGCCCAGAGCCGCCCACAGACACCACCGGUUGCCGACAGAAGGAGGUCUGCGGGUGCACUAAAUGGAAAUGCAAUUCCAAGAGAGAGAAAGGCGGACGUAGAGAGAAAAGUCGACGAAACGGAAAGCGAAAGAGGAAUGAGAAGGGAAGAAAUGGCGGAAGAAGUGGAGGAAAAGAUCGCGAAGGAGGUGGACGAGGAACGCAAAGAAGGAGGCACAGCAAGCCGCCGAGAAGGAACAGAGAAGGCCCAAAAAUCAGACGUAAUAACAGAAGAAAGGGGAAUAGGCCUACCCAAGGGAGGAACAUCCAGAGCAAAGGAUUCGACAGCAACACGACCAGUUCCGGAGGAGACGACUACAACUACUACGACGGCUACAACUACUACGACGACCACUUCUACGACGACAUGUACCCGGAAUACCUCUACGGCAACAUGUACGGACUAGCCUGCACCUGCCACUCGACUUGGGUCCAGAACGACUGGUACGACGACUUCGACCCUUCCUUCUACGAUUACUAUCCCUACUACGAUGACUAUCCCUAUUACGAUGACUAUCCCUAUUACGACGGCGGGUACGACCUCUUCUACGACUCCCCUUUCGGAAGCGGAGGCGAAGAGGAAACGGGUGAUGAAUCCAACGACGAAUUUGAAGCGCUCGACAGUGACGACGGAGAGGGCAAGAAGGACAAGAAACGGAAGGAAAAGGAUAAGGGAAAAGGGGAUAAAGAGGGAGGGAAAGGAAAACGCAAGAACGAAAAGCGAGAGAAGAGGAAGCGAGAGAGGAAAAGAAAUCGGAAUAGAGAGAGAAACAGGAAAGACGGAAAGAAAGUUGGUCAGAACGGAAAUGAAAUAAGCAAGGAGAAAGGGGACAACAAGAGACAUGAUAAACGCAGGAAGUUCAAGAAACAGUUCGAUGACGAUGAAGACUAACUGAAGGCUUCUUCAAGAUGACGAUGAACAGUGGAAUUGGGAAAAUAUUUGGAUAAUUUUGAAUGGGUAUUACGGACUAAAAAAAAAAAAAAAAAAAAAAAAAAAAAAAAAAAAAAAAAAAAAAAAAAA